ACGGUGGUUUUACUGACCAAUAUGUUCCUGGAUAAGGACUCCAAGCCCAGAGUACACAGUUAAAGCAACUACUUUGUUUCCAAAAAGAAAGUACACAAGGAAUCCCGAGUGUCCCCCACUAAUGUGAGAGCUUGACCCCCGACCGGUCUCCACCCAGUUCUGGUCUCCACCCAGCUAGAGAAAAACGUCCUCUAGCUGGCCAGUCUGUCAUCCACUGUGAUACCUGCUUACAAGGCAGGCGUGGCAUCGACCGACAUCUGCUCACCGUCCAAGCACCAGGUAUGGGCUGAGCAGCUCCGCAAGCACGUUUGCCAGAUGCUCUCGUUUGCGUUAAAAUCGAACGUGCGCGCUGACACAUGGCUGCUGGCCGCGGAUCUCGAAUUAGAACAAGAACUUCCUCUACUUGAGAAAGAAAACCUACACCUAACAUCAUACUUAAUGUUCUACCGGACCAUAAGAGGCUUGGGCUUGCAGCUUAUGAGAACUCAGCACAUAAAGAAGAAAACGCUUAGAGAUGAAGAUGCUGAUACUAAGCAGAUUUUAACCUCUUGGUGGUUUGUGCCCAUCUGCUUGUGUUUGGAGGCUUUGGAAAUCAUGAAAAGCCAGUCAAGUGAAGGACAAUUGUGGACAAGAAACAGUAGAGUAUAGCAUUACAGCUCUAAACUGAAGGAAGACUGCCCUUGCUCCACUCAUCCCCAAGAGGAGAAUGGCAGCUAAGAACUCUUCUGUGACAGAGUUUAUCCUUACAGGUUUAACAGACCAGCUGGAACUCCAGAUCCCUCUCUUCUUCCUGUUUCUAGGUUUCUACAUGGUCACUGUGCUGGGAAACCUGGCCUUGAUAGCCCUGAUUCGGUUGAAUUCUUGCCUACACACCCCCAUGUACUUUUUCCUCUUCAACCUCUCCUUAAUAGAUUUCUGCUACUCCACUACCAUCACCCCCAAAAUGCUGAAGAGUUUUGUCUCAAAGAAGAACAUCAUCUUGCAUGCAGAGUGUAUGACUCAACUCUUUUUCUUCUGCUUCUUUGUCAUUUCUGAGUCCUUCCUCCUGUCAGUGAUGGCAUAUGACCGCUAUGUGGCCAUCUGUAAACCAUUGGUGUACAUGGUCACCAUGUCUCCUCAGGUCUGUCUAUUCCUUUUGUUGGGUGUCUACGUGAUGGGGCUUUCAGGGGCUAUGGUCCAUACGGGAAGCAUAGCAAGUCUGACCUUCUGUGCUGACAACCUUCUCAAUCAUUUCAUGUGUGACAUCCUUCCUCUCCUCGAGCUGUCCUGCAACAGCACUUAUGUAAAUGAACUGGUGGUCUUCAUCCUUGUGGCCAUUGACAUUGGAAUGCCCAUUAUCACCAUCUUCAUCUCUUAUGCUCUGAUUCUGUCCAGCAUUCUGCACAUUCACUCCACUGAGGGCAGGUCCAAAGCUUUCAGUACAUGUAGCUCUCAUAUAAUUGUGGUUUCUCUUUUCUUUGGUUCUGGGGCUUUCAUGUAUCUCAAACCACCUUCUAUUUUGCCCCUUGACCAAGGGAAAGUGUCCUCUCUGUUCUAUACCAUUGUGGUGCCCAUGUUAAACCCACUGAUCUACAGUUUGAGGAACAAGGAUGUCAAAGUUUCCCUGAGGAACACCUUGGAAAGAAAAAUAUCUUCUUGAAAAAGUAGCAUUUGAAGAAGAUACAAUGCUUUGUUUGUUGGUGUGUGUGUUUUCCAAGAGAGAUCCAAGUUCUAGUUUUUUCUCUUCUGUAAAAAAGAGAAUUUUAAGUCUUUAUGUUUCAUGGAUGUUUACUACAUAUCUAUUUUCUGUAUCCCGUGACCCACCUCGACUAUUCCACGACUCUUUUAUGCAUUUUUUCUACAAUCAUAAAUCAUUUAAUCUGAAAUGGGGCUUAUAAACCAUUUUUUUUGAGCUUAUUUAACAGACAUUGGAGACUUAGACAUUUUAUAUGUUUUCCAAGGCCAUACAACUAAGUGGUUCCCAUAAGUGGGACUGGAAUCCAGGCUCUUGAAUUCUUUUUUUUAAUUUUUUUUAAUUUUUUUAUUUAAAAAAAAUUUUUUUUUCAACAUUUUUAU